AUGAUAAAGUUUGCAAAGCCGUGCGGUACCACGGGACAGAAUCUCGUCGGACUCUGGCGGCCGUCCUUCACAAGGGUCGACCAGAAGCUGUAUCUCUUUGGCGGCGGUGGACAUGUCACCAACGACCUGCAUGUCCUCGACCUCGCCACCCUCAACUGGGAGUGUGUAAAGGUAAAU